CAAAUACCAUAACCUUUGUUUACGCUAAAUUUGAAACGAAACAACAUUGACUAUAUUUCCAUCGAGGGUCAAAGUCGGGCUAGAGUUGGGUCAGAAUCGGGUUGGGGUGAGCGCUUUGGUUUCUACCGCAAGAGAGCUCACCUCAACCCGAUUCUGACCCGACUUUAGCCCGACUUUGACCCUCGAUGGAAACAUAUACCUAAUAUAAUCCAUGUAACAUUAUAGGUAUCUCGGAUUUAGAGUGCAUUCUCUGAACAUGCAGUAAAAUAUUUCUUUAAUUUUAUUUGCAUAUUGUGUAAUAUAAUACGAGAAUGUUUGUAUUUUGCAGUAAUGUAAUCAAAACUGGUCAGCGAAGAGAAAAUUUAUAAAAUGUCGAAAAAUAAACAUUAUGCUUCAAUUGAAAAAAAAAUUUUCUUGGAAAUAUUAAAAGAUUUUAAGCACGUAAUUGAAGUAAAAAAAAGUGAUUGUUCAACACUUCGGGAUAAAGAAACAGCGUGGUCUGAAAUCUGUAAGCGGUACAACGAAUCUGCAAUGAUUUUUCAAGAGCGUACAGUUCAACAACUGAAAAAGCUAUGGACAAACAUGAAACAGAAUCAAAGAGAAAUAUUGACGAAAGAAAAACAAGCACGUCUGGCCACUGGUGGUGGUCCACCACCACCAGAAACAAAUAUUGAUCCUGACGUAGCCAUAGUUGCACCGCACCUUUUGGAAACAGCUCCUAUCCUUUUUAGUUCAAAUAUGACGGAUGAGAAAAUUAAUGAGAUGGAAGAACAGACUCUGAACAUUUUACUAGAUAAUAAUUGGACUACUGCGUCAUUUGAACACAACAAUGAGGCAAAUAAUACAAACAAAAUACAAAAAGGUAUGGAAAAUACUAUUGAAACUUCUGUUUACAAUGAAAAUACUAUAAAGAUUGAAAGAAUAAAACAAAUUAUGGGACAAGAGAAGGAAGUUGCAGAAAUACAAAAAGCUCAUGAGGAAAAAAUGGCUGCAAUGAAAGAAGAUUUUCAUAAAGAAAUACAUGCUCUAGAAAUUAGAGCAGCUACUGCAAAGGCUGAACUAGCUGAGUUACAGUUGAAAAAAGAAAAAGAGAAAUAUGUUCUUUAAGAAUAUAAACCAAUGUUCCUUAAAA